GGCGUUCCGCGCACCAGGGCUCGAGGUGCGAAGAGCGCCUUUUGUCGCGGCUUUCGCACGCGCGCACGUGAAACCCGCACGCGGGCGACGGGAAAUCACAGCCGCCUCGCUCUGCUCAGGCGCCGAGGUAGCUCUAUCCGUGCGACCCGCGCUGCAGCCAAUCAGCCGAGCUCUGAUCGCCAUUAGUUAGCGGCCAGGUUGCGGGCCAGCUUCUGACGUUCUUUUCUUCCGCUUCUCCAUCUCUCCAACUCUCCACUCCAUCCUCACUACCCACCAUGCAGAAGUUCGCGAGGCUAGGCCGACUCGGCCAGAGCCUUGUCCAACGGAGGCAAUUGGCCACCGUCAGCGAUGCGCCGCUCUCCAAGAAGGUCGAGAUGACCAACUGGGAGAAGGGCCACUACAUCAACUACCAGAAGAUGAGCGAGAACCUGGGCAUCGUGCGCAAGCGUCUCAACCGCCCGCUCGCCCUCGCUGAGAAGAUCCUCUACUCGCAUUUGGACGACCCUCACAACCAGGAGAUCGAGCGAGGCACGAGCUACCUCAAGCUCCGCCCCGACCGCGUAGCUUGCCAGGAUGCCACCGCCCAGAUGGCCAUUCUGCAGUUCAUGUCGGCUGGUCUGCCCCAGGUCGCCACGCCCACCACUGUGCACUGCGAUCACUUGAUUGAGGCCCAGGUCGGAGGCGCAAAGGAUCUGGCUCGCGCCAAUGACAUCAACAAGGAGGUCUACGACUUCCUGUCCACCUCCUGCGCAAAGUACAACAUUGGUUUCUGGAAGCCCGGAUCUGGUAUCAUUCACCAGAUCGUCCUCGAGAACUACGCUUUCCCCGGUGCUCUUCUUAUCGGUACCGACUCGCACACUCCCAACGCUGGUGGCCUGGGUAUGGCUGCUAUCGGUGUCGGAGGUGCUGACGCCGUCGAUGUCAUGGCUGGUCUUCCUUGGGAGUUGAAGGCUCCCAAGGUGCUCGGUGUCAAGCUGACCGGAAAGCUGUCUGGCUGGACUUCUCCCAAGGACAUCAUUCUCAAGGUUGCCGGCAUCCUCACCGUCAAGGGCGGAACCGGCUACAUUGUCGAAUACCAUGGUCCUGGUACCGAGAGCCUGUCCUGCACGGGCAUGGCCACAAUCUGCAACAUGGGUGCUGAAAUCGGUGCUACUACCUCUGUGUUCCCCUUCAACGACCGCAUGUACGACUACCUCAAGGCCACCAAGCGCCAGCACAUCGGUGACUUCUCCCGCGAGUACGCCGCCGAGCUCCGCGAGGAUGAGGGUACCAAGUACGAUGAGCUCAUCGAGAUCAACCUUGACGAGCUUGAGCCGCACAUCAACGGUCCCUUCACUCCCGAUCUUGCCACCCCCAUCAGCAAGUUCAAGGAGGCCGUCAAGGCCAACAAAUGGCCCGAGGAGCUCAAGGUCGGUCUUAUCGGUUCGUGCACCAACUCCUCGUACGAGGACAUGUCGCGCGCUGCCUCAAUCGCUGAGGACGCCAUGUCCCACGGCAUCAAGUCCAAGUCCCUGUUCACCGUCACCCCCGGUUCCGAGCAGAUCCGCGCCACCAUCGAGCGUGACGGUCAGCUCAAGACCUUUGAGGAGUUUGGCGGCAUGGUCCUCGCCAACGCUUGCGGCCCUUGCAUUGGCCAAUGGGACCGUAAAGACGUGGCCAAGGGAGAGCCCAACUCCAUCAUCUCGUCGUACAACCGUAACUUCACCGGCCGCAACGACGCCAACCCCGCCACCCACUCUUUCGUUACAUCGCCCGACCUUGUCGUCGCGAUGUCCAUUGCUGGAACUCUCAGCUUCAACCCCUUGACCGAUACCCUCAAAGAUAAGGACGGCAAGGAGUUCAAGCUGAAGGAACCCACCGGCAACGGUCUCCCCACUCGAGGAUAUGACCCGGGCCAAGACACUUACCAAGCACCGCCCGAGGACCGUUCCUCUGUCUCCGUCGCUGUGUCGCCGACCUCCGACCGUCUUCAGCUCCUCCAGCCGUUCGAGGCCUGGAACGGCAAGGACAUCGAGGAAGUGCCUGUCUUGAUCAAGACUGUCGGAAAGACUACAACUGACCACAUCUCGAUGGCCGGCCCGUGGUUGAAGUACCGUGGACACUUGGACAACAUCUCCAACAACAUGCUCAUCGGUGCCAUCAGCGCUGACAGCGGCGAGGCAAACAAGAUCAAGAACAACCUCACCGGCGAGUACGACGCUGUCCCGGCUGUCGCCCGUGAUUACAAGAAGAACGGCAUUCCGUGGGUUGUCGUCGGUGACUGGAACUACGGCGAGGGAUCUUCCCGUGAGCACGCCGCCCUUGAGCCCAGGCACUUGGGAGGUAUCGCCAUCAUCACCCGAUCCUUCGCUCGUAUCCACGAGACCAACUUGAAGAAGCAGGGUAUGCUUCCCUUGACCUUCAGCGACCCCGCCGACUACGAGAAGAUUGGCCCCAACGAUAAGGUCACCAUCAAGGCCACCGAGCUCGCCACUGGCAAGCCCAUCACCCUCGUCGUCCACCCCGUCGAUGGCAGCAAGUCCUUCGACAUCAAGUUGUCGCACACCUUCAACGACAGCCAGAUCGAGUGGUUCAAGAACGGUAGUGCGCUCAACACCAUGGCCAAGAAGUCUGCGAACUAAACGCAUCACGACGAGGCUAUGGAAUACGACACGCGAAUGGAGAUGUACAUACUGAGUUGAGGACGGCCGGGAUACACCGAUGAUGGAGACGGAUGAAGUCACGACGUCUGGGGAAGAAGAAAUUUGGAGUGUGAUGGGUGGCCACGAACAUGCAAUGUGCUGGUGGCAGAGCUUUUGAUAUCAUACCGGCUCGGCAAGGUCGGGUCUGGACUGUACUUUUUAUGGUGUUUAGCAUGCUAUCAUGGGAAUUCAUUUGCGG